UGGUGGGGGCAACAGCCGCUAUCUGACAGCUAAAAAAAAAUACAUGCAUCGACAAGUCGCCAACAACAAGCUUCCGGCACUCAACAACUCUACACCCGCCCCCCGCCUCUCGCCUCACCACAACCCAAUCGGCGCUGACAAUAAACGCCGCAGAUAAAAGCCUCGUUCAGCUCGAAUAGUCUUACCAACAGGCACGUGCAACACUCGACCCUCCCUCGCCAAUCAGGACGGGCACCGAGAGCCAUGGACCGCACACGGGAGACCUCCCCCAGACGCAAAGACCACCAUUCCGAACCUAAAUAUAGCGACAGCCGGGACAAUCGGAGUGGCCGAAAGUCACCGCACGACGAUAAGGAACGCAGAGAGCGGAGAAGGUCGAGAGAUCGCCGCCGGUCGAGGAGCCCAGGCUCUCGGCGAUCCGAGCACAACCACGACCACCACCAGUCCUCCCGUUCUCGCCGCGACCGGGACGGAGAAGGGCGACGGGAUAAAGACAGAGACAGCCACCGCAGACGGAGCAACAGUCGGGAUAGAGACAGAAGCAGCCGACGAAGUCGCCCCAGGGACGAUGGCCAAGACGCCCGCCCUGUGCGCAGCAAAGGCCCACUGCCCUCACAACAGGACUCGUUCGCCCUGACUAGGACAGACGGAGAAGCCGUUGAGAAGCCAAAGGAGAAGCCCAAUUUUGGCAAUUCGGGUAUGCUAGCCGCAGCCUCCAACUCGGUCACUCAGGCGGAUGGCUCGACCAUUACGCUAAAAUACCAUGAGCCAACCGAGGCUCGCAAGCCAUCGCCCAAAGACGAGUGGAAGCUUUUCAUAUUCAAAGGAGCUGAGACUGUAGAUACUGUUGAUUUGAGCAACCGCAGCUGCUGGCUUAUCGGCAGGGAGGCCGCCGUGGUGGAUUUGCUUGCUGAACACCCUAGCAUCAGCAAGCAGCACGCCGUGAUUCAGUUUAGAUACAUCGAGAAGCGCAACGAGUUUGGCGAUAAGAUUGGCAAGGUCAAGCCGUAUCUCAUCGACCUGGACAGCACCAAAGGCACCGUCCUAAACGAUGGCAAGGUGUCCAGCAGCCGCUACCUGGAACUACGAGAUAAGGACGUGCUUCUCUUUGGCGACAGCACGAGGGAGUAUGUGAUCAUGCUGGCUCCUCGCGCGUGAAAACAACGCUAAGACGAACGGCCCUAUUUUUUUUUUUCUUUUCUGCUGUUUCUGUCACAAAGCCAAAAGGGAGACAACGUACUGUAUCAAAUGUAAAAAUACACAAAGGUUAAUGGUGGACGGUAGCAGCAGGAACAGCAGCAGCAGCCAGUACGAAGCGCCCGCUCUCGUCUGACAUAAAGUCAUGAUGCAGAGGGAGGAGCCAGUACAAUGACUACGGACAGCCGUUGGGCACGUUUCACUUUUUGUUGAGAUUUAGCGAGUGGAAGCAACGUGACAGACACCCCUUUGGACGACUCAGCGAUUGCCGAAAGUAGCAGCAAUAGCAGCGUGUACGUGACGAACCAUGAGCGUCACAGUGAUGGGCUACUGCGCCGCAUCCUGAGACAGUGCUGGACAAGGAAGGCUGCAACGCGACCUUGAGUACAAAAUCUGGGCAGCUGGACAAGCAGACAGGACUGGAUAGCCAGGGAUCCAGAACACCAGAGGAAGCGUGAUGGUGGACAGUCACACCCUCGCCCGUUCGUCGACGUGAAUUAACGCCUGCCUGACGAGCGUGAACGCUUCACCAGCUCUAUUUUAGCCUUUCGGGCAUUUGCGACGCUAGCUGGCGCGUACGGCAGCACCCAGACGUCGUCUCAGGUGUCGACGCGGCCAAUCACGUCGGCCGUGGCGAUUUAUACUUUGGCUGUGUCAUGUGUCGAGGCGAUGAUUUCGCGGUGGAGCCACCCGCUGGUCAGGCACGCAGCGCUGUAGGAGGGAGCGCAGCAGAAAGAAACUUUAUUUUUAUUUUUUUGCUUCUUUUUUCAGUUACUGUUACGAAUCCCAGGGAAAACAACACAAAGCAAGCAGGGUGGAAGCAAUCACAACGGUACUGGGUUGCAGCGCAGCUAGCUGGGUCAGCAUCACCACAGCGAUCAGUUACCCGGCGUAAUUCUUAGACAGGUUUGAAAUCGUGCAAGGAUACAUCUAUCCAAUCGGAUCGCCCAGCAUACCCCGGCUUGGCUCAUCGCAUGUCAGAAGCAAAGCAGCCUACGUAUUCACAAGCCACAAUACACACGGGUCGCCUACCCGUAUUUUUUUAACUUCUCUUCUUUUCCGUCGUGUCUCCGGUA